AUGGAGCGAUUUGUUCGUCUGGGAGGUCUUGGUGGAAACCUGAUGAGUGGUGGAGCUACCCCUUCUGACUCCAACCAGGUGGAUACCUCAGAGACCGUCUACAUUUCAUCUUUGGCACUUCUGAAGAUGUUGAAACACGGCAGAGCUGGUGUUCCGAUGGAAGUUAUGGGUUUGAUGUUGGGAGAGUUUGUCGAUGAGUACACUGUCAAUGUUAUCGAUGUCUUUGCUAUGCCUCAAAGUGGAACCGUGAGUUUCUUUGUAUAUUAAUUGAACUUUAGAUAGAAUUGGCUUGGUUUUUGUCAGUCUUAUAAAGGAAAAAUGAAGUUUAUAAACCUUUUUAGGUAUUAAUUUAGGUUAAGUUAUCGAAAAACUAGUAUUGUAAGGAGUUGUUGAACUUUUAAAAGUAAUUUAUGUUUUUGUAGGGUGUGUCUGUUGAAGCUGUAGACCCAGUGUUUCAAGCUAACAUGUUGGACAUGCUGAAGCAGACCGGAAGACCUGAAAUGGUUGUCGGAUGGUAUCACUCUCACCCUGGUUUUGGUUGCUGGUUGUCUGGCGUUGAUAUCAAUACUCAACAGAGUUUUGAAGCUCUUUCCGACAGAGCAGUUGCUGUUGUAGUAGAUCCGAUUCAGUCAGUCAAAGGAAAAGUCGUGAUCGAUGCCUUCAGAACAAUAAAUCCUCAAACAAUUGCUUUGAACCAGGAACCUAGACAGACAACUUCUAACAUUGGACAUCUUCAGAAGCCUUCAAUUCAAGCUUUGAUCCAUGGGUUGAACAGACAUUACUAUUCGAUUCCAAUAGCUUACAGAACCCAUCAGCUGGAACAGAAGAUGUUGUUGAACUUGAACAAACAAAGCUGGAACGACUCCUUGGCUUUAACCAACUUUGAUCACCACUGCAAGAACAACGAGAAGUCUGUUGAGGAGAUGUUGAAGCUUGCCAAAUUGUACAAAAAGGUAGGUUUAUUGGUUUCACAUUCGUUUUGUUUGUUUUUGAUAACUUAAAACCUAUUCUAAAAAUAGUUCGUAUUUAAGUUGUUUUGAAACGUUUUUGAAUUAAAAACAUGUUUUAGCUACAAAUAUAAUUGCCGUUACUAUGGUAAAUGAAACAUUAUUAUUAAUUUCAGGCUUUGGAAGAUGAAGACAAGAUGACAGAAGAACAAUUGGCUAUCAAGAAUGUUGGAAAGAGAGAUCCGAAGAGACAUUUGGGCGACACCGUGAACAACAUGCUCGCUGAUAACAUUGUACAGUCUUUGGCCUCUAUGAUAGACACAACUUCCUUUAAAUAA